AUGUCCCGCACCAUUGCUCCGAACCAUGUCCUUGGCCACGAUGGCCCUACACUGACAUCUAACGAAGAACUAAAAAUCGCCCGCCCUCAGAGCCCGACGACAAUUAGAGCGAUGACUUCGCAGUCGCAGUCGCCGAGGCUCUCGCCCGGUCUCUCCUAUGCGUCCGCUGUUGCUGGGCCUCUAUCUCAGGCGAACGCAAACGGCAAUCCCCAACAUAGCCCUGUGUUGUCACCGCCCACUCCAGCCUCCCCGGCUACAGAGACCAUCGCCCGCAGACAAGACUCCCCUCCUGCUGCUGCGUCUGUUCACCAGACGGCGGGCUGGACUGUCGUCUCACACAAAAAGAAAGGAAAGGCCCAGGCUGCCACCUCUGGCCGCCACGGGACCAAUGCGCAACGUCCCAAAGAAGUGCGCCGGGCCGUGCUCGAGGACCCACCUAUGGAGGCUGAUGACCAGGGCAGCGCCCCCCGUAAGCGUCGACGCGCCGAGGAAGACCUUGGCAACGAGGACGCUCCCUCUGUCGAACUACGCAAGCAGAACGCACAGGUGAUUGUAGCCACACCUGUCGCCUCUCCCCUCCUAGAGGCCACCCCCGGUCCCUCUGCGUCUUCGCCCAGCACAAACAUCUCCGCCCGUCCUAACGCGCAGUCACCCUCUCACCCCUGUGUCUUGGAUGAUGCCCGCACGCCUGACACCGACAUCGUAAACAUAUCGGACUCUGAGCUCGUCGAGAUGCUCCUGUCCCCUCUGGGCCAAAGGUCUUCCCAGCCGCAAAGUCGCGCCCCUGCGUCGGGACAUCGUCACAAUGGCCUUAGAACACGCGUCUCUGUCGACACCUCUGACGACGACGUCCUCUCCGACAUCGGCGACAUCCUUCCGCUCUUCCCUCUCCCGCCGUCCUCGCUUCCCUCUAGCUCACCGCGCACGCCUACCCCUCGCAGGAACAGGCGUCCGGCGACCCCCAUCGCGCCGGCCCGUGGCCAUCAUUGGUCCGAGGUGGGAGAUAGCAGCAGCAUCAUCGGUAACGUCUCGCCGCGAUCGUCCCUGCGCACGCCCUCAAUCCAAGAAGUAGAGAUGAUCGAUGCUACUAGGCCUGACACACCUGUGCCCACGUCUUCCUCUCACACGCGCCGCCGAAUCCGGCGCCGCCUCCUCCGCCGCGAACGCCGUGAGAGUCGCGCCGCCUCUGCCUCGAAUUCCUCCCAAAGCUCGAACGACGACGGCCCGAACAACGCCUUUGUCCCUCUCGACGUCAACGCCCUCGACCCAGACUUUGUCGUUCCACCCACUGCCUCGUGGCGCCAAGUACAAGGCGACAGUUCUUGCUGGAAGGGACGCGGCAUGGCAGCAGGCCAACGCGAUUCUUGGAACGCCCUCGACGCCUCUGAAACCGUGCUAGCUGUCCAGAUCCCUCUACACGGCACCGAAGAACCAGGGGUCAGUACUCGCAUCGAAAUUAUGCUCGACGUCUUCCGACGCACUUUGCUGAUCCCUGGUACGUUCAUUCUCCCAGCCUACUCUGUCGCGGGCUUCCACGGUAUGAACACCGAGCCGUUCUGGUACUUGGCGCGGGGCAUUCCUCUGCCCAAAAUUGCGGCUCUUGUUCAUAUUGGCUGGCUCAAUUCAACGCCUGUAACCCUUCACUUCGAUUUUUGGCGUGAUUCGAACCCCCACUUGUGUGGCAUGUUCCGCUUCAUCUACAGAUUCGGCGCUCAAACCAAAGCCGAGUACGAGGAGCUCGUUCGCCGAGCCCUCCUCGAAACCGACCUGUUCGACACAGCCUAUGACGUCCUCACGCGCGAUAUCUCUCGCGGUGGGAUGUGGAGUGGCUCGUCGCGGAUCGAUGCCCUGAACCACAUCCUAGAUUCGAUAGAUGUCGAUAUUAUUCAAUGCCGCGUCGCUACUAACACAACUGAGCCUGUAGCAGUUCUGUAUGUCAGGCCGCCGACGUCAGACCGUCGCGACUGGCUGCGUUUUAGCAGCCAGCUCAAGCUUCACCAAUUCGGGUCGAAUAUCGCUGGCCACCCUGAGCCCUUCACAAGCAGAGUCUGGUGCGGAUACUGCCACUCACUCGGACACAUUGCAGGUGCAUGUCCUGUACGCCGAACGAUCGGCUGGCAUGAGCCGCCCCUACAGACACCACAGAUGGCCCAACCACCGCCCCAGCACAACGCCGCGAUAGGCAGAGGCAAUGGCCGUGGCAACGGUCGUGGUAACGGGCGCGGCCGAGGUGGCCGUGGACGUGGAAAUGGCAACUUCUGA